AUGGACUCCCCUUCCCCCUCUCUCCACGGCUCCUCAGCCCGCAACUCCCCCAACCCCGAUCAAACCAGCCUCCCUCACAGACCAGCCAAGCGCACGCAAUCAUCCGACUCCUCCGCGUCCACUGCGCAACAUACCCCCAUCCCCGACGACAAGCAUGGCGCCGAUCUACCGAUGAAUCUGUCCGCCUCCGUGGUGUUGACCAGUCUGCCCCGCGAUGCGCAUCAAGCAUUGGCGGAUGCCGAAGCCGUAGACAAGGGCAAAGGCAAGUACAGUGCUCGUCUCACGGUCCGAUUUCAACCUCUCCCCUCGGCCCCGAUUCUCAAAACCCGGGUCUUCAAGGUCAGCGCUUCGCAGAAGUUCGAGACCGUCGUCAACUUCCUCAGAAAGCGGCUGGACUGCAAGGAAACCGACUCAGUCUUCUGCUACGUCAAUAGCGUCUUUGCGCCGGGGUUGGAUGAAGGGAUUGGGGGGUUAUGGCGGUGUUUCAAGACGGACGAGCAGCUCAUUGUUGCGUAUUCCAUGACUCCUGCUUUUGGAUGA